UGCUAACCCCUAUUUGAUUAAUCACAGAGUGCCAUCAAGCCAGCUGUCAUCCCCUUCCCCCCUUUCCUCUCUAGGAGGAGAGGGGAUUCGCUCCACUGAUUUCAUCUUCAAAAUCCAUUUUUGGGGCGAGCACAUCAGUUGAAACCCUGCAAAAUCCCAUCUUGCUGGCGAAAUCGAUUUCAUUUCUGUUAAUUCUCUCCGCAUUGCGGUCACUGAAGCAAAGGGGAUUAGGAGGAUGACGAAGGUUAGCAGCUCUCCUAAUCUCAGCGACGAUCUCUCAAAGCGGACUGUUAUCUUCGGCCUCCAUCUGUGGGUGAUCAUCGGAAUCUGCGUCGGCGCGGCCUUCGUCCUCCUCCUCUUCCUCAUCUCACUCUGGUUAGCCUCUCGACGCACUUCAUCCAGCUCGAAACUCCCAAUCCCUACGGUCUCCAAAGAAAUCCUUGAAGUCUCCACUGUCCCCUCCGAUCCAAAAUCCUUAGCACAAAUCCUGCAAAAACCUCUUUCUGAAUCUAAUCGCUCCCCUGUUUCAGUGGAGAAGCAGGCACUUCUUCUGUCAAGGGAAGAAGAUUGCCCGGCUGGAAUCAAUAGAAUCCAUAUUGAGAUCGGUAAAGACCAUAGAAUCACUUAUCCGGAGUGCGGCGGCGGAGAGAACCGGUCCGGCGAGCAGCUUGUCGCCAUUGUUGCACCUGAAGUCUCGCAUUUAGGAUGGGGGCAUUGGUUCACUCUCCGGGAGCUCGAGGUGGCCACCAAUAUGUUCACCGACGAGAAUGUUAUCGGAGAAGGUGGGUAUGGGAUCGUCUACCAUGGAGUUUUGACUGAUAACACUCACAUCGCAGUGAAGAAUUUGCUCAACAAUCGCGGGCAAGCUGAGAGGGAAUUCAAGGUAGAAGUUGAAGCCAUUGGUAGGGUUCGGCAUAAGAAUUUGGUGAGACUGCUAGGCUAUUGUGCUGAAGGUGCUCACAGGAUGCUUGUAUAUGAAUAUGUGGAUAAUGGAAACUUAGAACAAUGGCUUCAUGGCGAUGUUGGACCUAUCAGUCCUCUUACAUGGGAGAUUAGAAUGGAGAUUAUACUCGGAACUGCUAAAGGGCUAAUGUAUUUGCAUGAAGGAUUAGAACCAAAAGUAGUUCAUCGUGAUGUUAAAUCUAGUAAUAUCCUACUGGAUAAGCAGUGGAAUCCCAAAGUUUCUGAUUUUGGGCUCGCUAAGCUUUUGGGAUCAGAGAGGAGUUAUGUCACAACUCGUGUGAUGGGAACUUUUGGAUAUGUUGCUCCUGAAUAUGCAAGCACGGGAAUGUUGAAUGAAAGGAGUGAUGUUUACAGCUUUGGCAUUCUGAUAAUGGAGAUAAUUUCCGGUCGAAACCCUGUCGACUACAGCAGGCCUCAAGGAGAGGUUAAUCUGGUUGACUGGCUUAAGAUGAUGGUUAGCAGCAGGAAGUCUGAAGCUGUCUUGGAUCCCAAGGUGGCUGAGAAACCUUCUUCUAGAGCGUUGAAAAGAGCUCUCUUAGUGGCGUUGAGAUGUGUUGAUCCAGAUGCACAAAAGAGACCGAAAAUGGGUCAUGUUAUACACAUGCUUGAAGUUGAUGAUUUCCCUUACAGAGAUGAUCGCCGUGGCCGGCGAGUUUGUAGAGAUCCUCAAGAGAAAGCAGGUUUAAUUGAAGAUUUAGUGGCUGAAUCAAGUGAUGGGGGUAAGCUUCAGAGUACUCCUCAUGUAGAUAAACCUCAAUAAAGGAUAAAUUAUGGAGAAUAAAUUUUUUAUCUGUAUAUUUAAAACUGUGUUUAAGGUUCCUAAUUAUGGUUUUAUUGCUUGAUUACUUCUGUGAUGAAUCAGUAUUCUAAAAUUGUAGUUUUAGCAUCACAUCAACUCUGACGGUUUCAAGUUGC